AUGAAACUCGAAAGCUCUCUUCACGCAGGCCCCAUGACCACUCAGGACGGCAAGACUGGAAAACCGACUGUGGACAGCGGGGAGCAUCUGGACCCCUACGAUGUGCCAGCAGAGCUCAUUGGCGAUGUGGGCAUGGCCGGUGCCAAAGGGGCUCAGGGCGCACAAGGUGAAUGCGGCGACCCAGGACCUCGAGGCGAAAACCUCACUCUCGCCGCAAACACCUCAAAGGAAGAAGAAGGAAAGGAACCUCCUCUGGAGUCAAUGGUUGGCGUCACCCGCGCCAUGUUGUUGCAGCUGGUCCUGUUCAAUAUUGUCUGCCUCGGCUUUAUCUACGUCAGCCUCAAGAAGCGGAUCACUCUGGUGGAGCAGGUGAAGGCAGCCAUCGACCAGGUAGUGGACGAGUCUUACCUCUCCAUGAGCUUCACAAUUGUCAAUGUCUCUUAUCCCGACGUGGAAGCAUCCGGGAGUGCACAGGACUUUGAGAAUCUCGUGCUUGAUGUCUUGGCUCGCGCAGCGGUGGCAGGCGGUGCUGCAGGAAUCACGGCAGAGAACGCUGCCGUUGCAAUGGGCGAAGGUGAGGGUGACAGCACCUUGGUUUCUGCGACCAUGAGCGCGCCCGAGGGAUCGACAUCCGCCAAGUUGCAGCAGGCCAUGCAGAGCGGGCAGCUGCAGUCGUUGCUUCCUCCAGCCGUGGAUGCGGCACGGGGUGCCGAAACCUACAAGAAAGGUGCCGUUCUCGUCAUGGACUUGGACAUCCAAAUCGAGGGCGGCGCUGAUGGACAGGAGGCCUCAGCAGCUGCUGCUCAGCCUAUGGAAGUGAGUGGCGACAUCCAAGUGGAGACCAUGCGAUCCACACACAGCAAGCUGUUCAAGGCGAAACGAAAAGACUUCAUCUUCCGCACGAGCCAUGAGUUCUACCGCAAAGGCGUCAAGAAGUAUUUGGGGGAAGAGGCCGUGGCACUUUGGGCUCAAGGAAAUCCCGGCUCUGGCUUUACCUCUGCCUCCUCCAGCACUUUUGCCAACAUGGCCGCGCCGAUGCGAAAGUUGCGCCUACUCCCAGCAAUCCUGGCCCUUGCGGCUGUGGUCGCUCCGUGCUUCGUGGCUGCCCCAGGCAAGAAGAGCGAGGUUUCGGUAGCCCCGGUGGCCGGAAUGGGCAUGGCUCUCCUUGCGAACAUCGAGGCGGCUUCUGCCGCUUUGCCACCGUUGGAGGAUGUGCCACUCGAGGAAAUCGGCCAAACAAGGCAGGGGAUGUUGGACAAGGAGUCCGACACCUUCAUGGGCAUCAGCUUUCCGAUCUGGCUCUUCGUGAUCGGUGGCGCCGUGCUUUGGGCCCUGACCUGGAUCCUGAGCAUCAAACCCGCCAAGGAUGCCGAGGGCACCUACAGGACCUACAUCGGAGCUGGUGCGCUGCCUCCGGAUGGAUUCACGAACCCGGCCGACCCCCGAGUGGUGGAAGAGGCCGUGUUGACUGCCUUAAACUCUAUCGCCCCCAAGCACCGUCCUCAGUUGGCGGAUGAAGACGACGAGCUCUACAGCGACGAGCUGAGGAUGAAGAUGACUGAGGCGAACAGCCGGCACACUGAACUGACACAGGGACUUGGCUUCGGCUCUGCGGGAGAGACCCGGCUCCGAGGGCGGAAGCACUCAAGCGAAGAGGCGGCGGAGUGGAGGCUAAAGAGCUGGCGAGUGGAAGGGUGCGGGGCACUCAGCCUUUUCUUACAGGGCCGGUUCCUUCUUGGAAAAACUGUAGUGGUGAAGACCCCCGAGAAGCUGCAAGCAGAACUCAGGAAUCCAGAGAUCCUCGUCACCUCGGAGCGGAUCCGAUUAUUCUCUGCAGCUGUUCAAGGUGUGUGGGAUGAGGAGACCGUGAUACUUCCCGGUGGCCACGAGCGCUACAGCGGGUGGUUGAAGACUCCCCUCGUACAUGACCUGGCCAUGUCGCCCUACGAAGCCGUGCCCUACAUUUGCCUCCGGGUAAAUGGAAUCCCUGCGACGGAGCAGCCUGCCAAGAACGGGCCACUGCUGAUCCACUGUGGUGGGCCAGGAAGCGGCAAGGAAUGCCUGCCGAAGAAAGGCUUCGACAUUCGCGGCGAAGGGAAUGCCAGCGAUCUGAACUCCCAUUUCGACUGGGUGCCGCAACUGCGGUGUGCUCGACAAGGAGCGUCCGACGACAACGUCACAACACCUCCUUGCCCCUUCAAGUAUCCAUCCGGAGAAGAUAUCCUUCCCUUCCCGGACUUCCACUGCAACGAGAUCGUGACGUCACCGCUGAACUUGGAGCAGAUCAUCCAGCUGAUGAUUGGCACGGAUGCAUCAGAAAGUGAUAUUGCGGAGGCGAAGGAGUACGUGUAUCCAAUUCUGGCCUUCGGUGGGCUGGCGGACACCAACGAAGGCAUCAUGGCCUUCAACGAGACCUACGUUCGAUGGUUCUACCGGCUGCUCAAGCUGGAGCACAGUCUCUGCUACACAGCCCCACGAUACAAGUUGACCUCACCCAGUGGACGCGAGUACAAUGUCCUCCGUUUUGGUGGGACUAUCGAUCUGGCCCAAGACAUCGACCAGUUCCGACGCGCGAUCGGAGCGCCGAAGAUGUCUAUUUAUGGCAUGUCUUACGGUACUGCGGUUGGGGGGUCGUAUGGCACGGUUUUCCCCAAGUACGUGGGACGUCUGGUCUUGGAUGGAGUAGUUGACCCUUUCCCGGAUGUGGAGAGGAGAGGCGAGCUCUUUGCGAGGGGCAUCACUGCGACCUGGAAUGGUAUCACCUCAGCCUGCGACCUUUCCGUCCUCGAAACAGGUGAAGACCUUUGCCCAGCGGCGCCGCUCUCUGAAUCCAAGGCCUUGCGCCUGAUUCAAGACUCCAGUCAUCCGGCUCGAGCUUCCCUGAUCAUGAAGCUUGCGAAGCUGGCCAUCUUCAAGUACCCGUGGCCUCUGGCGAGUGUAUCUUUGGCCUGUGUUGAGAAGUUUUCCUCGGGCAACGCCGCCGAUGAUUGCCCAGACUGGCUAGAGAGUAUUGUGCCCACGGUCCCCGACUUCAGAUCGAAUGACACGGACAAGAGCUCGAACAUCUCGGACUUGAUCUCGAACGUCACGGACGCGAACAACUCAGAUGCGAAUUCCACGAGCUCGAACUCCACUGAAGAGAGCCUUGGUAAAACUGGUCUAGAGCUGCUUUCAUUUAGCACCCAAGUCUACAUGAUGCAAUCCGAAGAAGAGUGGCACCAAGCGGUUCACGCCUUGGUCAUGGGGACGGACACUGCCGGGCGACUGAACGAGGAGGCAACUGUUCGAUGGUGGAAGGAGUCCUUAGCAAUGCAGCCCUUGGGCACACCCUGGGCCUUGGCUUGGGUUGUGGCCAUCAGCACGUGGCCGGGCAAUGCGCGUCCAGUGCCUCCCCUCGGCUCUGCGAGUAUCAGCCCACUGGUCGUGGGGAAUCUGCACGACCCGAACACUGCUUACACCAGCGCACAGCUGGCACGCAGUGCUUUUCCGCAGGGCCACCUGAUGACGUGGCAGGGGUAUGGGCACUGCAUUGGCCUUAUCGGACCUUUGGGUGAGAUGCUGUCAGAAAGCUACAAGGAGGCAGAAGAGAGCAACCAGUUGAUGAACUACACAUUUUCCUUGGCGAAGUUUGCUUGUGUGUCGAAAAUCCAGGACUAUUUGGAAACUGGAGAGCUUCCACUCGAUGGACACACUUGCCUCGUCCCCAGACUUCUGGACACCGGCAGCGCACCCGUGGCCAAAGGCCUCUUGUUUAUGCAGAAGCUCUAUGACAUCAAUGUCACAGACACCGAUCCCUCAACGGAAGUCAAGCGGGAGGUGCAGCUGGAGGUUUUGAAACAUACAAGUCGUUUAUGUGCAGAUGCAAGCUGUGAAGCUACAGGAAUUCGAGGCCUCCUGGGCCCUGGGCCGUUUAGGACAUCCGAGCUCCGUUGCAGCCGCCGUGAAGACAUGAGGUGCGCCGCUGCCGUGUCAGAGAGCUUAGAUUUUAAGGGCUUGCGUGGUCUAGGGCCUAUAAAGAAGAGUAGGAGUUUUGGCUUCGGGGCUUCGGGUUAG